AUGUUUCUUGGAGAAUCGAUAUGCACUGUGGCGUUCUUCAUUUGGGCGAAACGAUCGAUCUUCCAUUGCACUCGCAAAAAGCCGGAAGAAGGGGCGGAAAAAGAGCCGACCAGGCUGAACAUUUACUUUAAUCCCCUGAUCUUCUUCAUACCGUCCAUACUUGAUCUGAUAGCUUCAGGUCUGAAUUUUACAGGUCUCACGAUGACCAAUGCUUCCAGUUACCAAAUGCUCAGAGGCGCGGUCAUCUUUUUCACGGGUUUUCUAUCGGUGGCUUUCCUGCACAGAAAGGUGAUCGCCUACAAAUGGGUUGGCAUAUUCAUAGUCAUUGCUGGAUUAGUAGUGGUCGGUGUUUCUGACUUCAUAGCCGGAUCAAAGGAAAGCUCGUCAGACGCAAACGCAAUAAUCUCCGGCGAUUUACUGGUGAUCAUCGCUCAGUUGGUGCAGGCAGCGCAGAUGGUGUACGAGGAAAAAUAUGUUGUACAGUACGACGUUCCACCUCUUUAUGCCGUAGGACUUGAAGGGACGCUGAUUAGCAUACCAAUUUAUAACGCUCUUGGAAUAACCGUUACAAAAUACAUGAGUGCCACAACAAGGAUGGUUUCGGAUAAUAUCAGAACAGUUGUAGUGUGGGUGGUAACGUUGGCGAUUGGCUGGCAAGGCUUCGAAUAUAUACAGCUAAUCGGAUUCAUCGUCCUGGUUAUUGGAAUGUGUAUUUACAAUGACAUUUUAUUUCGACCCUUGUGGGGAAAAUGGCAAAAUUAUCGAAAAUCAAACGCGGCGCCGAUUGCCCAGCUACAAAUGGUAUCAACUGUAGAAAAUGCAAAUACAUGAAU